AUGAAAUUUCCCCCUGGGUUCAAAUUCGGUGCUGGAACAUCCGCUUAUCAGAUAGAAGGCGCUUGGAAUGCCAGUGAUAAAGGGAUAAGUAUAUGGGACAACGCGCUGCAUAAUGAUCCAAAUCUUGUUUCCGAUGGUACCACGGGAGACGUGGCCUGCAAUUCUUACCACUUAUGGAAAGAGGACAUCCACAUUGCACAUGAAUUAGGACUGCAUUUUUACAGAUUUUCAAUAUCCUGGACCAGAAUCCUACCAACGGGUUUUCCGAAUAAAAUAAGCAAAGAUGGUAUAAAUUAUUACAACAAAUUAAUUGAUGGUCUCUUAAGGAAGGGGAUAGAACCAGUGAUAACCCUUCAGCAUUUCGAUCUGCCUCUGAGUAUACAAAACCUCGGCGGCUGGACAAAUCCUCUUAUUGCGGAUUGGUUUGCGGACUACGCAGGAGUAGUCUUCUCAAAUUACGCAGACCGAGUGAAAACAUGGAUUACAAUCAACGAGCCACAUAUGGUGUGCGAUUUAGUUUACAAUUUUGCAAUCCUUGUACCAAUUGUCACUGAACCUUGGCUCGGGCCGUUCCUAUGCAAUAAGAAUGUAUUGAUGGCACACGCCAAGGCUUGGAGGAUAUAUGAUGAAAAUUAUAAGCAAAAAUACCAUGGUAAAGUGUCAAUAGCGAACAAUCCUAUAUGGUUAGAAGCUAAGACAGAAGAUGACGAGGACUUGGCAGAACUGGCGAGAGAGUUUGGUGUUGGACGGUUUUCAGAUCCAAUAUAUUCUGAAGAAGGAGGAUGGCCACCAGCUAUAGAAAAGUUAAUGAUCGAUUAUAGUAAGAAGCAGGGCUUUCCAUACUCAAGAUUACCACUAUUUACUGAAGAGGAAAAGAAACUUAUUAAAGGUACCUAUGACUACUACAGUCUGAUCUAUUACACGAGUCGACUAGUAAGACCAGCACACGAGGGUGAGGAGCCAGGACCUUGGUUCAUAAAUGGUUCUAAAGAGCUGAACGUAAUAUUGGAAACUGAUCCCCGCUGGCCUAUUACUGACUCUUCAUAUAUACUGAUAAACCCUGAGGGUAUACGUCGUCAAAUUACAUGGAUCACAAGAAGGUACAAGAAUGUCAGCAUUCUCAUUACCGAGAACGGUUUGGGUACAAAAAGCGCUGAACUACACGACACAGCACGUAUUCGCUUCAUACAGGACCAUUUACAACAGAUUUUGCUAGCUAUAAAAGAAGAUGGCGCAAAUGUCGUCGGUUACACCGUAUGGUCACUGAUGGACAAUUUCGAAUGGAUAUUUGGACAAACAUUGAGGUUUGGCCUCUACCACAUUGAUUUCACGGAUCCUCUACGCAAGCGCACUCCACGUGCUUCCGCGCACUACUACAAGAGCAUCAUAAAACAUCACUCGCUAGAUGUGCCGCACCCUUCGCAAGUUACCAGAGAAUUAAGACAUAGUAAUGCUGGAAGCAGCAAAUUUUCUUUAUGUACUUUAAUAGGCCUGAUAACUUUAGGUAAACUCGUAAGUAACUCUUUAUAAAAUGUUAUAGAAGAAAUUUUUUAUAAUCAGCUGAUUAUUUUUUUCGUGUAUUACGUACAAAUAUUAUCGCAUAUCGCGUACUAAUGUUAUUGCACAUAACAUUUAAUUUAUAUUACAUGGUCGUUACAAUGUUUUAAGUUACUAUUAAAAAUAUUUUCUAAUA